AUGGAAACUGCAGUAAAGAAAGGCAACCGCUGGCGGGUUCAUCAAUGCGCAUCUGCGUUAUGGGAGUGCAACUGUGACCCCAUGCCCUACUACGAGGAUGCCGCGUCCAGCGCCGCAGACCUUGGCAUCAGCCUGGACAAGGCCGACUGGCACGGGAGCCCGAGCUACAUGUACCAAGAGCGCACGCUGCAGAAAUACAAGGCCUUCGUAGAGGCCGCGUCCGGGAGAGCCGUGCUCAGAGAUUUAAAGGAGCGCCCGCUGACCCCCGCCGAGAGCCAGCGGGCCUGGGCCACGCUGCGGCUGGACGAAGUGACCGAGGCGUCCGCUAACUCGGAGGCCGCGCGAGCGGAGCGCGAGGCGAGCUGGGGCAAGGAGCGGGUAUUGCCGGGGGCGGAGAAGACACCACGGACGCGGGUGAGGCUGGUCAGCCAGAUGAAGAGGAUGGACGCCACCACCGAAACGUGCAUUUUCACCAGCAGCAUUGCCGAUUCUGAAGACGGCGGGGAUGAUGCCGCCGAGAAGUGGACGCUUGUGCGCGAGCUCACCAUUGGUAUAGUCCAGGAAAAAAGGGAGACGGAAGUCGUCGUCGCGGUUGGAGAGACCAUGCUGGCGACCAUGUCGUACGAAGAGGGCAGCCACCGACUGCUGCGGUGCACUGGCCGUGUCGGUCUUGCCCUGGAGCUCCUCACCGUCGUGGGCGGGAUAUCGCGAGAAAUUUCCUACGACAGCGUCACGUACCUGUGGGUGAAGGAGUUCGAGCAAGUGCGGGAUAUCCUGGCCUGGAGCAUCGGCAUAGCUGCCGUCACGGAGUUCAAAGCCGCCGGUGCCGGUGGGAAGAUUAAGCCCUCGGGCUCUGGUGGAUGGAUGCCGAGAGAGAUGUUCAAGGCUACACUUGCUCUGCUACCGGUCCGAGAAGGCUUUGUGGACUUAAAAGAGGGGGGAAUGCAAGCGGCGGUGAGGCCAGUGUCUUAUAAGCAUGGGCCGCUGCUCUGUCCACUAUGCUGGGACACGGGUGAGCUCAGCCGGCACAGCCAGGCAUGCUUCGUUCAACCCAGGCGCUUGGUUGGCUCUUCGGAUAUGGGCGAGCAGUUUACCGCGGUAUCUCACUUGUGGAGUGAGUUCAAAGGCGAGGACACGGUGACCAACAUGCGCCGCAGCGCGGCCAUCGUCGGAGGUCCCUCAAGUCUAUGGAUUGAUAAGCUGUGCAUAAACCAGAAUGAUACUGACGAGAAGGCUACCGAGUUGUCUCACAUGGGUAGCUACUAUGCUGGGGCUCACACCACUUUGAUUUGUCCGGCACAACAGGUUACUACAGUGCCCUUGGUCGAGCCAAACGAGCGUGAUCGGAUCAUCGGAGUGCUGGGCCUGGCGGCAUUGGCUGAACGGUUCAGACCAGGCGGGCUCUGCGAUCUGGACGAUGCCUACCGCGAGGCGGUGCGCUGUGGCGCCCUUGGUGCUGAGGUGCUGUUGGCCGAUGUAGGCGGGACUUCUCCGAACUCCUGCUGGAUCCCCAAGAAGCGAUCCGAGGCUAGACAUGCGCCUGCGAUGGACACCAACUGCAACUCUCUGCCCCUGAAGGUGGAUGAGAGUGGAAGGCUGGUCUGUGAAGCAUACGAGGUCGGUAUGGACAUGGAUGCAAGGGACAGAUGCAAAGAAUGGGAGCAUCAUCACCAGUUCAACCUGAAGUUCGAUGGAGGAGUGUCAGACGUGUCAAAUAAUAGCGUUGGAUGCUUAGUCAAUUAG